AGAGCUCGUUAAGGACAGGAACUGGAAAGAGCCCCUUCUAGUUGCACUUGCGUAUUCUGGUCAGAUAGUGGAGGAAGGAGCUAUAGCUGUCACUCCUAAUGAUAUUCCUGUUGGUGCACUUGUAUCCCCUACUGGCUUCAUCCCUACAAGCGUCGCUGCCAUGUAG